AAGAAUACCAAACAGAAAGUUGCUGACCAAAAAAUGUUGCCUUUACUUUUGUGAAGGAGGAGGAUUAGGGUUUUGACAUGGAGGUGUUGAUCAAGUAUUGUGCCUGCUACUGGAUCUGAACUUAAAAAGACCUGAGCUGGAUCUGUUUAUUCUUCAAUCAACACAAAGCCACACAAUAGACAAAAAAGGUUAGUCUGAGGCAACAUGCAUGCUAGGCAUCGAAGUCCUGGAAAUGGGUAUAGGUCUAAUUCAAUGGGGAUGGGUAUGCCCCCCGAAGGGUCAGCUAGGGGCCGUGGAUUUUAUUCAGAAUACCGAAGCUUUAACCGUGGGUUUGGGCGUGGCCAGGGCCAGCCUAAAUCAUUUCAGCAACUACCACCAACGCCACGAAAAAGUGAUGUUUUUAUGGAAGCUGGUCGACUUGCAGCUGAGUACUUGGUUUCUCAAGGACUGCUGCCUCCUGGCAUACUCUCUGGUAAAUUGCAGAACGGUGCUUUUAGAUCAGAAGAUGGAGAAAACUUGCAGCUUCCACCUGAAGGCAGGUCAUCAGCCCUUGCUCGCCUUGGGAAUUCUGGUUCAGAUGUGGGGUCUGGUAGGAGAAGAUACCCUGAUGAUUAUAACUCAAUGGGAUUGAGGAAUUAUUUGAAUCGAAGGAAAAAAGGAGGAUCCUUUAAGAGUAAUAGCUUGGACUGGGGAAGAGAAUAUGGGAGAAGUGGAUCAUGGUCUGAAAAAGGUAGGGUUUCCCCUGAUAUUGAGGGGGAUUGUGAUUCUUAUUCUGGAAAUCAAGAGGAGCAACAAGUUAGUAAAGAUGUUGGUAAUGCAUUGCAGAAGCCAGGUUUAGGUGAGUUGGCACCAAAAAGUGAGGAAGCCAGUGGUUUAGAGUCUGGAUUGGAAAAGUUCAACAUCCAGGAUGAAAUGGGAUCAAGGGCAAGUUCUUCUAGUGUUGGGAAAGGUUUACUGCAUGAGACUGGUGUGGAAUUCUCCAAGAAAUCUGUGGAUUCAACAAACAUGGAUAUGGAGGCUGGGGAGCUGAAGGAUGAGAUUUGUGAUGAAGAAACCGAGGAACAAGAUGCCUUGGAGGAAUCAGCCAUCAAGCAUUAUUCUCUGGAGGAUGAUACUUCAACCAAGAGUAACAAUGACCUGCUGACAUUGUGCAGAUUUGCCAAGGUGCCUACCAAGACCCGUUCUUCUUUAACAUAUAAAGGCCUGAAGGUUGAUUCAGUUUCAAAUAAUGAUGUGGAAAAGACUUCUGAUACCAUACUUCCAAUAGGACCUGAAGCGUUAGUUGAAAAUAACUCUUUGGUUAGCUCUGCUGUUGAUUUGUUACCAGAUAAAACUCUUGAUUCAAAGUGCCCUGAUUCUGAAAUAUCUAAAGCUCCGCAUGUCCAGUCUAUUGAGGGUGUUGGAACAUUAGGUUCUCUUUAUGGUGUUGACGAAGGCCAAUUUAUGAGGUCUCAAUCCUUCCCAGAUAGAGCUUUAAUGUGUGAUGUUGAUCAGGAAUUAGGUCAGGGGCUUUCUGGUCUCCAAAAGUCCAGCUCCAUGGUCCAAGAGAGGGGUGAAAAACGAACUAUGGAAGAGCAUGAUUCAGUGGAGGCAACCAAGAAAUUAAGAGAAUGGUUUCCGUCCAAUGAAUACUCUAACAUAUCUAGUAUGAGUGACAAGAAAGCUAGUUCACAAGAAGAAACAGCUACACCUUGUGAAGUGAGUCUGGCUGUUGAUCCAGAGAACUCGGUUAAUCGUUUUUCAUUCCCAAGGAGAGGCGGUGAACCUUGUGUUGAGUAUGCACAAGAGAAACAAUUGUUUCCUGGUUCGUUUAAAAUUUGUGACCUGAAUCUUAUGGAAGCUUCUGACAUAAAUGAGAAUCAUCAUAGUGAUCCAACUUUAAUUUACCCUACUAUUCCCAAAAAAGAAGCUACACCUGUUGAUGUUGAUCUAUCAAUGAGUAAUUCUAUUAUGUCUGGUGAUUAUAGUAGACGAACAAGUGAUGGUAAGGAGAUUGAGAUAAUUGAUUUGGAGAAUGAUUCUGCCCAAACAGAGAAGGCUUCUGAUAAUAAUUCAGAGCGAAAGACAGAAACUAUGUUUACAGGCAUGGAAGGCUUUUCUAAUCAUGUACAGAAUGCUGGUCAUAUUCCUGAUGUUCAGGAUAAUUAUGAUGGGCUUAUGAUCACGCAAUUACUCAAUAACUUUCCAGAUUGUCCUGGGGUUCCAGUGGAUAUAAAUGCUCUGCAGAAUGAGAUGGCCAUUCACAAUGGGGAGGUGGCUCUUGGUGAUGAUGAUUCAAUAUAUAUGUCCCUUGGAGAAAUACCAUUAAGUUUUUUGCGUGGCUGGGAGCAGCCACCACCACAGGAGUACGAGAAGCCCUUUUGAUUCAGCAUGUGCUGAAAAAUCAAAGACAGAAUACUAGUUGGUAUGCAUAAUAUUGGUCGAUGGAGUUGUUGUUUUGCUGCUGCGAUGAAUGAUUAACUUUAUCCAACUCCAGCCUUUAGUUUAGAUUUGGUUUUGUUUAUAGAUGAUAAGUGUAUUCCUCCUGUAGGAAUCUUAGAAAAUGGUGAAUUCUCUUCAUAUUUGGCUGUAGCACCUCAUUUUUAUACUGAAAGAAGUUGAUCAUCACGUUUGUGUUUAAAUAGUCUAUUUCUUACUUUUCUGCACAUCCAGUAAUAAAAUUGAGGUAUAGCAAAUGUAUGACAACACUUUCUGUUUACUCAAGUAAAAUAGAAAAAGGGAAGGGGGACCUCUCUCAGCCACUGAAUCAUGGAAUUGUAGGAUUCUUGUGAGGAGUGGAUAUGGCUUUGGUACAUCUAUUUACUAUAUAUAUCACGGCACUGCAUGUGGAUUGUAUGCUUAACUUCUUGCACAGGUACAUGACUUUUGACUCUAAAAAGACAACACUUUGAAAGGCAGUUCAUCUUGCAAUUUA